CAGUCAGCAACUUCCUCCUCCUCUUUGUUCUUCAAAACAAACAUAUUAUAUACAGAGGAUAUCUCCAUUUCAACAACCAUGUUUACUACUACUUGUUAAGUAAUAUAGACAACGUGAUUAUAUCUGAGUGACUCAGGGACAUGGCGUCAGUAGUGGCAGUAGUAGAGACGGCCUAGAUAUCAAAGAUGAUUGUGGUGACUAAUAGCCUGCCAUUGCUCCCAGAUAAACGUGAAAGAAACUGGGUCGUCCACCUGUCUGCCUGCUUUUUCAGCUCCAAAUGGCAGAGAACAAAGUUUGUUUCUCACCUGCAUGCCUGUCCUCGGGGAUGAGGAACGAUAGAGACAGCCAGCCUGCCUUUCAUGUGGGUGGAAUCAGGUUCAGCCAAAUGGGCGGCUCACAGCCGUCGGGGCGCAUGAGGCCGCUCUCUGUCUCAACUAGCUGAUCAUAAUAACUUUAAGCAUGCCUCAGAGUGACACGGCAAAGCCGAGUCCAUUUGUCAUAAGGCACAGAGAAUGGGGCGACUUCUAUGCAGUGUUUCAUAUUUAUGACUUUUGUUCUCCUCGUAAUAUUAGUGUGUGUGUGGGGGGAAGGGAGUAUAUGGUCUUUUAAGUUGUAUUGAAAGGUGCUCUUUUCUGCCCUGUGAGCCAGACAGGGUGUUGGUGCGUGUCCAGAAGCUGACACCUGAGAAGGCUGACCAGCUGAUCUGGGUGCGUGCCAGGGUUCACACCAGCAGAGCUAAAGUUGAAACCGGGAUUCAUCCAUGAAAAGCACACUUCUGCAGCAUGCCAGUGGCCAUCGAAGGUGAACAUCUUUCCACUGAAGUCGGUUACAACGCCAAACUGCUGUCAGGUCAAGACCCUGGGAAGCAGUGCUUCUUGGUCCUGCGUCAGCAGCAGUUUAACGUGCAGGCCCUAGUCGCCGUGGGGGAGCGUGCCAGCAAGCAGAUGGUGAAGUUUGCCGCCAACAUCAACAAGGAGAGCAUCGUGGACGUGGAGGCGAUGGUGAGGAAAGUGGAGCAGAAGAUCGAGAGCUGCACUCAGCAGGAUGUGGAGCUGCACAUUGAGAGGAUUUUUGUGAUCAGCCAGGCCGAGCCUCGUCUGCCCCUGCAGCUGGAGGAUUGUGUGAGGCCGGAUGGAGAGGGGGAUGAGGACGGAAGAGCGACGGUCAACCAGGACACCAGACUGGACAACCGAGUCAUUGAUCUCAGAACAACAACCAGCCAGGCCAUCUUCCGCCUGCAGUCGGGAGUUUGCCAGCUCUUUAGAGACACCCUGACCAACAAGGGCUUUGUGGAGAUCCAGACCCCCAAAAUCAUAUCAGCUGCCAGUGAGGGUGGCGCGAACGUCUUCACUGUGUCCUACUUCAAAACCAGCGCCUACCUGGCCCAGUCUCCCCAGCUCUACAAGCAGAUGUGUAUCUGUGCUGACUUUGACAAGGUGUUUUGUGUGGGACCAGUGUUCAGAGCAGAAGACUCCAACACCCAUCGUCAUCUGACAGAGUUUGUAGGUCUGGAUAUUGAGUUGGCGUUCAACUACCACUACCACGAAGUGAUCGAGUCCAUCACCGACACCAUGGUGCAGAUCUUCAAAGGGCUCCGAGAAAGGUUCCAGACUGAGAUCCAGACGGUGGGGAAGCAGUACUCCAGUGAGCCCUUCAGGUUCCUGGAGCCCACUCUGAGGCUGGAGUACACGGAGGGCGUGGCCAUGCUCCGGGAGGCCGGGGUGGACAUGGGAGACGAGGAGGACCUCAGCACUCCAAAUGAGAAGUUGCUCGGUCGUCUGGUGAAAGAAAAGUAUGACACUGACUUCUAUGUGCUGGACAAGUACCCCCUGGCUGUGAGGCCCUUCUACACCAUGCCUGACCCCAAUGACAAAAAAUACUCCAACUCCUACGACAUGUUCAUGAGAGGAGAGGAGAUCCUCUCUGGCGCUCAGAGGAUCCACGAUGCCCAGCUGCUCACUGAGAGGGCCAUUCACCACAACAUUGAUCUGGAGAAGAUCAAGUCCUACAUCGACUCUUUCCGUUACGGAGCUCCCCCACACGGAGGUGGUGGCAUUGGGCUGGAAAGAGUCUGCAUGCUCUACCUGGGUCUUCACAAUGUCCGCCAGGUCUCCAUGUUCCCCCGUGACCCCAAACGCUUGACCCCCUGAACGGCCAUCGCCACUGGAGACAGAUGCAGGACAUGGGGAAUCUAUAUUCAUCUCCAAAACACCAGACAGAGUUGAGAAAUUAGUGCCACGACACUGAAGUGCUACUGCGGUUAACAAAUAGAGAAUCAAGCCAGGGUACUACUACGGUCAACAGUAUUCAGUAAUAGAAAAUGACACAUGAAGAAAUAGAUUGAUAAUAUAAGGGAGAAAGAGUCUUAAUACACAAUACAGAAGUGGAAUAUGAUUAAGGGAUGUGUUGGCUUAGGCUCACCUAUGCAUUACUUACCUUGUGUUGUAUCUCUUAACACUUUUCUAUGGGGUCGAUCAACUUUGAUACCAGUCUUUGUCACACUACAGAGGUAUGACUAAUAAAUAAUCAUGGUCUGCUGACA